CGCGCGGCGCGUGCGGAAGUAAUUUGCACACACGGAAGUACCGACUCUCCCUCCCUCCAUUCCCUCGAAGAGAGACUUCAUUUCUAACUUUCCUACCGUUAAUCAUCACAGUAUUUAGUGACAAGAUGCCGGCCUAUCACUCACAGUUUACUGAUGCCCAGCUAAAGAUAGGGAACCUGGCCCUUCUGCCUCUAAGGACCAAGUUUAGAGGACCAGCGCCAACUAACAGUAGUGAUGAUAGUGACAUCAUUGAUGAAGCCCUGACCUAUUUCAAGGCAAAUGUUUUCUUCAAAAACUUUGAAAUCAAGAGUGAUGCUGACAGGGUACUGAUCUACAUCACAUUGUACAUCACAGAAUGUCUUAAGAAGAUGCAAAAGUGUGCCUCUAGGAAUGAGGCUCAGAAGGAGAUGACCUCUCUGGCCAUCGCUAAGUUCAGCAUACCAGGUGAAGCAGGCUUUCCUCUCAAUGCCAUCUACCUAAAACCAACCAAUAGGGCAGAAGAAGACCAAAUGAGGGCGUACGUACAGCAGAUUAGGCAGGAGACGGGCCAGCGCCUGGUAGACAAGGUGCUUGAUCCAGCCACGAGCAGACCUAGCAAGUUCUGGAUGUGCUUUACCAAGAGAAAAUUCAUGGACCGAAGCCUCUCUGGCCCAGGACAAUGAGCAAAAAUAGAUAUAAUAGGGCAAUUCCAAGGUAUUUUGUCCCAUGCAAUACCGACCACAUCUAAGAUUUCGGUAUCUGAUGACCAUAUCGAGCUGAUAGCCAUAUAAGAGCUUGAAUCAGACAAAACAUCAAAUAAAAUGAUGUUUAAAUGUUGAUUGAUGUUCACAAUUCCAUAUUACAAUUCUGUAAUAUUUGGUAACAUGUGGGACAUACCUUGGACUUGUUCUAAACAGCUUAUUAAUGAGAGACACGCACAGUGCACACACACAAGCACGAGAUCAACUCUAUAUUGGUGAGGAAAAAAAGUAUGUUUUGGUAACAUAUGCUAACCUUCAAAUUAUUAAAAUAAUUGAUUAAGGGGUUAUUAUGUACAAUUCUGUAGUUAUUGUGGUUACCAAUUAGUGAUACCUAAUAGUCAUACCAAGUAAUUUUGUUGUCUUUGUGACGGUAUAUAAAUAGAAAUUAGGCAUAUGAGGUUUGGAACAUAGAGCCUUCCCAUUUGACAUGCACCUAGAAUUAAGAAAAGUUAUUUACGGUAUCGGCGAGAAGUGGAGCCAAGUUUAAAUAUUUACUGUGUAAUUAAAGUGCUACUUAAAAAUUGUUACAAGCAGGAAAUGGGGAAGAACAAAUAUAUAACGAUGCAGUAGUCCUGCAUCUCGUGAUAUCAACUUUUAUGUCAGAAAUCUACAUUCCCUUUAAAUUUAGGUGUGCACUUUGUAUGUCUCUAAAAAUUAAGCUAUAUUACAUCAUUUUAUAUUGUCAUCUUCCUUCAUGUAUUAUUAUUAAAUAGACAUUUUUUAUUGCAGAAAAAUAACCAAGAUAGAUAGCUAGUUUUGUUAUUUUUUUGCGUCAUAUGGUAUUAGAAAAUUUUAUUUUCUAGAAAACAUGAUAAUCCAAUGCAAUUGACACUCAUGCAAAACUUGGGAGAUGUGGAACAGUGUCUAUUAGGACUAGUUAGAUAGUUAAAUAUAAUCAAAAUAAAUACAUGGAAAUCCCAGUACAACAAUAUGUUUUACAUGGUUCCAUAGAUUUUUCUUUUGAAAUGGUCAGUAAGCAUUACAUUUGGCAUAUAAAUUGCGGAUAUUAGAACUUAAAAGAUGAAAGAAAUCGAAGAAUGAAAUGUGUCAUAUGAAUAUUAUUUUGUCUAACUAUAAGCAUAUGUGUAUAUUAUUUGAUGAUGCAUUUGCUGGUAAUCACAAUGUAUAAUAAAAAAAAGCUUUUUUAUGAUGUGCAACAGUUCAUAUAUAUAUAUAUACACACAAAUUACUCCCCAAUAAAUCUGUAAUUACUUCCUUUUCUUGCUAUCAUUAAUAUUUCCCUAAUGUCAUUCCAGUUAUUUAUGAUUCUUUAACAAAAAUUGCAUAUGGAUCUAGGAUGUUUCUGUCUGCUCACAUUUUGUCACAAAAUUAGUUACAGUUUUCAAAACUGUAACUUAUUUUGUAAUAAACUUAUAUAGACUCAAAUAGGAAUGCUUUAACCAAGUAAUGAAAGAUUAUCUGUAUUGUAGUCAAUAUUUUCAUGAUUCAUCCAUGUUUAUUGGCGGUGUUUGACACUGUAGAGACAACACUUUGACGAAAUUUUCGUAAUUUCUUGUCGUCCAAAAGCAUUGUCAUCCAUUAGGAAGAAGGAGGCCCCUAAUUUCUUUUGGAAAUUAAAUUUAAUUAAGUAGUUGGCAUAAAAUGUGUUUCUUCAUAGUGUAGUCAAUAUUGUUACAUUCUUGAGCAAGCAGUCUCAUUAUAAUAUAGUUAAAGAUUAAUUACUUGUUUGUAUUGUUACCCGAGCCGAGGGAGAAAGUUGUUCUGAACUACUUCUUUGCACAGAGAUCUCUCCAUAUGUCAGUGAUAACUUACUUUUCAAAAUUGUAUUUAUAUUAAUCUCAAAUUGGUUUUAAUGAAAGGAGAAAUAAAGCACCAAUAAAGUAUAUGUAAAGUACACACUCCUAAAGUAGACACCUGCUUUUAUUAUCUUGACCCCUCUAUAAAAUCUUGUCGAAUUGAGGUGAAAAGUGUCCCUUUAAAGCUGUGUUUAUCGGCAUUAUAUUUAUCAUCAUAGUCGGAAUGGUAGUCAUAUCUAUUUCUAUGGAAGUAAAAGAAAUAUUGUCCUUUUCAUUAUUGCUGUAGUUAUAAGAAGAAGAAAGAAAAAAAGAAUAUAUGUAUCAUGAUUAUAAUGAUAAUGAUAAGGAUGCUGGAUAUAUAUGUCACUGCAUUGUAGAUUUUCUUAAAAUAUUGCAAAUUAAAUGUACACUAUUGUACUGAUAGCUCUGUGAA